AUAUCCCGCCUCCUCUCAGCUCUUAUUGGAGUGUUGAGUCUUAGUCGCUCAACUCCUCGAUUGCGAUUGGUCGAGCUGCAGCCAGCAAGGGUGUACGCACCUGUGUAUGGGGUGGGCUCAAGAUGGCGGGAGAGGCGUCUGGGAGAUACAGAAGCACCAUGAGCAAGAGCAAGGACCCCUCGGGCCUGCUCAUCUCUGUGAUCAGGACUCUCUCCACCAGUGAUGAUGUCGAGGACAGAGAGACUGAGAAGGGCCGUCUGGAAGAAGCUUAUGAGAAGUGUGACCGGGACUUGGAUGAACUUAUUGUUCAGCACUAUACGGAGCUCACCACAGCUAUCCGCACGUACCAGAGCAUCACGGAGCGAAUCACCAACUCACGCAACAAGAUCAAGCAGGUGAAGGAAAAUCUCCUGUCAUGCAAAAUGCUGCUGCACUGCAAACGGGAUGAGCUGCGCAAGUUGUGGAUAGAAGGAAUUGAGCACAAGCAUGUCCUGAAUUUGCUGGAUGAGAUUGAGAACAUCAAGCAAGUGCCCCAGAAGCUGGAACAGUGCAUGGCCAGCAAGCACUACCUCAAUGCAACUGACAUGCUGGUAUCAGCAGUGGACUCUUUAGAGGGUCCUCUUCUUCAGGUGGAGGGACUGAGUGAUCUGAGGCUAGAGCUUCACAGUAAGAAGAUGAACAUGCACUUAGUCCUAAUAGAUGAAUUGCACCGUCAUCUGUACAUCAAAUCUACUAACCGUGUGGGACAACGGAACAAAGAGAAAGGGAAAAUAAGUUCACUUGGGAAAGAUGCCUCUCCCGUACCUCUUAUUGACGUGACCAACUUGCCUACACAUUGGAAGUUCCUUGAUUCCUCCCAGUUCAGCACUCCCGGGAGCUCUAGUGUGCGAGAAGUGAGUGUGCUGGAGAUUAAAGAAGAUAUGGAGCUGGAUCCGGAGGAAAACAGUACUGUCUUCAUGGGGAUCCUCAUCAAAGGGCUGGCCAAACUGAAAAAAAUCCCUGAGACCGUGAAGGCUAUCAAGGAUCGUCUGGAACAGGAGCUCAAGCAGAUUGUCAAGAGGUCCACAACGCAGGUGGCAGACAGUGGCUACCAGAAAGGAGAGAGCCUUCUCCAGGAAAACCAGCCUAGGUUACUUCUGGAACUGCUUGAACUUCUCUUUGACAAAUUCAACGCUGUAGCGGCUGCUCACUGUGUGGUGCUGGGACAUCUUCAGCAGACAGUGGCCUCUCCAUCCAGCCUGUAUGAUGGUGAUGUCAAAUUGUAUGACAUGGCAGAUGUGUGGGUGAAGAUCCAGGAUGUCUUGCAGAUGCUGCUGACAGAAUACUUGGAUAUGAAGAACACUCGGACUGCUUCAGAACCAUCAGCCCAGCUUAGCUAUGCCAGCUCUGGGAGAGAAUUUGCUGCUUUCUUUGCAAAGAAGAAACCUCAAAGGCCUAAAAACCCUCUGUUCAAGUUUGAAUCGUCCUCCCAUGCUAUUAGCAUGAGUGCCUAUUUGCGUGAGCAGAGGAGGGAGCUCUACAGCAGGAGUGGAGAACUUCAAGGAGGUCCUGAUGAUAAUUUAAUUGAAGGUGGUGGAUCAAAAUUUGUCUGCAAACCAGGUGCAAGAAAUAUUACUGUCAUCUUCCAUCCAUUACUCAGAUUUAUUCAGGAGAUUGAGCAUGCCUUGGGCCUUGGCCCAACCAAACAAUGUCCGCUCCGGGAGUUCCUCACCAUAUACAUUAAGAACAUCUUCCUUAAUCAAGUCCUAGCAGAGAUCAACAAAGAGAUAGAAGGUGUCACCAAGGCAUCCGACCCCCUGAAGAUAUUGGCCAAUGCGGACACCAUGAAGAUGCUAGGAGUGCAACGGCCUCUUCUGCAGAGUACAGUAAUUGUGGAGAAGACAGUACAGGACCUCAUGAACCUGAUGCAUGACCUGAGUGCUUAUUCAGAUCAGUUCCUCAACAUGGUGUGUGUGAAGCUCCAGGACUACAAGGAUACCUGCACUACUGCCUACAGGGGCAUUGCUCAGUCAGAUGAAAAGCUGGUUAUCAGUGCAUCCUGGGCAAAAGAUGACGACAUCACCAGGCUCUUGAAGUCUCUGCCCAACUGGAUCAACAUGGCCCAGCCCAAGCAACUCAGACCAAAGAGAGAAGAAGAGGAAGACUUUAUAAGGGCUGCCUUCGGCAAAGAGUCAGAAGUUCUCAUUGGGAACCUGGGAGAUAAACUAAUCCCGCAGCAGGAGAUCCUGCGUGAUGUCAGUGACCUGAAGGCCUUGGCCAAUAUGCAUGAAAGCCUGGAGUGGUUAGCUGGUCGCACAAAGGCAGCCUUCUCCAACCUUCCAACAGCCCAGACGCCGUCACCUGGUCAGGACAGCCAUGCAAAUAUGGACCUCCCACCAGUGUCAGAACAGAUCAUGCAAACGCUGAGUGAACUGGCCAAGUCCUUCCAAGAGAUGGCUGACCGCUGCUUGCUGGUUCUGCAUUUGGAAGUCAGAGUUCAUUGCUUCCAUUAUCUGAUCCCACUGGCUAAACAAGGGAAUUAUGCCAUAGUGGCCAACGUGGAAAGUAUGGAUUAUGACCCCCUUGUGGUGCGCCUAAAUAAGGACAUCAGUGCCAUUGAGGAAGCGAUGAGUGCCAGCCUCCAGCAGCACAAGUUCCAGUAUAUCUUUGAAGGCUUGGGCCACUUGAUUUCCUGUAUUCUCAUCAAUGGCGCCCAAUACUUCAAGCGCAUCAGCGAAUCUGGUAUCAAGAAAAUGUGUAGAAACAUCUUCAUCCUCCAACAGAACCUGACCAAUAUCACCAUGUCGCGCGAGGCCGACCUGGACUUUGCAAGGCAGUAUUAUGAGAUGCUGUACAACACGGCGGACGAGCUCUUAAACGUAGUGGUGGAUCAAGGAGUGAAGUACACGGAGCUGGAGUACAUCUACGCCUUGAGCUUGCUGCACCGUAGCCAGACUGGCGUCGGGGACCAGACAACCCAGAACGUGAGACUGCAGCGCCUGAAAGAGAUCAUCUGCGAGCAGGCUGCCAUCAAACAGGCCACUAAAGACAAGAAAAUCACUACAGUGUAAUCCAUGCCAUCGCAUCCCAGAAUCAGAGCAGCAUGGGCACCGCCCCUGCUGUGCAAUCUGAAGUAGCUAUUGAUAAAAAAUGUAUGUUAUGGGUGGGGACAUACAGUCUGAGGUUCGGGUUUGGGUUUUUUACACUUAAUCAUGCCAAGCUUCCCUAAUGUAUUAUCCUGAGAGCAUGCACUGGUCUCCCUUCAUCAAGAGGAAACUUACAAAGUUUAACCUAGAUGAAAUGUGGAUAGCGGUUGGGGGGAUAGGGGUGCAAAUGAAUAUCAGGCUGUCUCUGAGCUAUUGCUGCUUUGCCUUGGGUUCUAAAGGGGAUAGCCAGCUGGGGUGGGGGUAGUGCGGGGAAGGAUUCUCUCUUUGUUAGUCUGGUACCAUAAAUGGAAGUUCAGCUACCACUGGUGGAAACAGCACCAUGACCGUCAAGGGCAGAUCUAGAGCUAAUUUGUGAAAUCUUGAUGGUCUUGAAGUUGUCUCAAGGUUUUGUUGAUUUGAGCUCUGUCAACACUGUUGCCUUUCUGUACAAUGCCAUGUAGGUGCAUUGAUUUUAGUAGUAGUAGUAUUUUAUUGCUGUUUCCAUUGCAAAGAGAACUGGUUGCUAGUUCCCGACGGGUGGAACUUGGCUUUCAUUUUGAAUGGUGUUGAGCCAAUUCACGUGUCAUUAAAGGCAACACACUGGGUCAUCAGUUUCAAUUUCUACUGUUCCUCUGCCUCAGAGCCAUGAAUCGUCAGUUUGCAGAGGUCAUCCUGUUCCAAAUAAUGAUGGAAGUAGGUGGAAAUUGCAAACUCAACUUUUUAACAGGCAGGGAAACGUCUUCAGAGAUUUAACUCUCCCUUUCGUAAAUAUCACUUGAGUCAGUCACCCGCUUGAAAGACACACCCCGAUUCACAUCACUGGUACUGUAGCAGACGUGUACUCAACAGUAGUGGCCAGGGAAGGGAGGAGGAGGCAGCUUCAGAGUGCCCACCUGUCUGAAAUGAGUUCCUGACCACCAUGCUAAUCUGUUGCAGCAUCUUUUCCCUCUUCCUUUCCACCAUUCACUACUCACCCACACUGGAAAAGGAUCCUUAUUCAUCAUGGCUGAUGGAUUUCUUCCAGUCUUUAAUACGAAGUGUGCAUUGUAUUCAUGUGUUUGAGAGGGAAAUUGCCACCCAAGGUUUGGUGUCGUGUCCUGGGCUGUGUUCUCUUUGUCCUGCAAAACUGCUUGUGCAGCAGCUGUCUUGACAAUUGCCGAAUUAAAGAAUGUUUAAAGAA